AUGCCAAACCAUCUGCAAUGGGCGCUGCUUGCUUCCCUGCUGGGAGGAGCAUCAGCUGCUGGCCUAUACACUAAAAGCUCACCUGUUCUCCAGGUGGAUGCGAAAAACUUCAACUCGCUAAUCAACAAGUCUAACCACACAUCAAUUGUAGAAUUCUACGCACCAUGGUGCGGCCACUGCCAGAACCUCAAACCCGCCUACGAAAAAGCCGCCAAAAACCUCGAAGGCCUGGCCAAAGUCGCCGCCGUCAAUUGCGACGAUGAAGAAAACAAACCGCUUUGUGGGCAAAUGGGAGUCCAGGGCUUUCCCACAUUAAAGAUCGUUGUCCCCGGUAAAAAGCCCGGCAAACCGCGUGUGGAAGACUAUCAGGGCCAGAGGUCGGCAAAGGCUAUUGUCGAUGCGGUUGCUGAGAGGAUUCCCAACCACGUCAAGAAACUCACAGAUAAGGACUAUGAGAGCUGGGUAGCGGCCGAUGAGUCCCCGAAGGCCAUACUAUUCACUGAGAAGGGUACUACGGGUGCGCUCCUGCGUUCCUUGGCAGUUGAUUUUCUCGGAGGUAUCAACUUUGCGCAAAUCAGAAGCAAAGAGACCAAGGCAGUUGACCAAUUCGGAAUUACUUCGUUUCCAACUCUUGUGCUCCUACCCGCCGGAGACUUGGAGCCGGUGAUAUAUGAAGGAGAAAUGAAAAAAGCGCCCCUACUCGAAUUCCUCAGCCAAGCUGCUCAACCCAAUCCUGACCCAGCUCCAACCGCGCCGAAAAAGAAGUCGAGCUCACCGAAGAAGCCUGCUUCGUCGUCCAGCUCGACCGUUCUAGACAGCGACUUGCCCACGGACUCCCCCAGCCCAGAGGUAGAAAUAUCGCCAGAAGAGAAGCCCGUCAAAGUUCCUAUCAAGGCUCCCGAAGUCGCCCAGCUCGCCACCCCGGAAGAUCUAGAAUCGAAGUGUCUCAAUUCCAAAUCAGGCACCUGCAUCUUAACCCUCCUACCAGAGCCAGAGUCACCCGAUACUGAGCUCUCUGCGCCCGCAAAAGAGGCUCUGUCCACCGUCUCGGAGCUCUCGCACAAAUUGAUUGGACACCAUCUCCCCUUUUACAGCGUACCAGCAAUCAACUCUCACGCAAAGAUUCUACGUAACGAGUUGGGCAUUUCUGACACUAGCGCUACGGAGAUAAUCGCGGUCAAUGGUCGACGAGGCUGGUGGCGCCAUUAUUCCUCCGAAGAUGGAUUUGGUCUCCACAGCGUCGAGAGUUGGAUUGAUGCGAUUAGACUCGGUGAAGGGUCAAAGAGUAAGUUGCCUGAAGGUGUGAUCAAGGCCGAAGAAGAAAAUGUGGAAGAAAAGGUAGAAGAGCCUGAAGAGGAGAAAGUAGAAAAGGAAGUGCCACAUGAUGAGCUUUAA